AUGGGUACUGAUUACAAAAUCACAAUCCGAUUUCAAACCCUUGAAGAUGCAAAUGCUUACCAAGGAAUCAGUUUUUACACUUGCUUUAAUCACUUAGAGGAUCGAGGAUUUGCAACUUUGACUUAUGAUCCUCAUAGUAAACCAUUAUCAAUGCCUAAAGUCGAUGAAACUUCCACGUCUACCGAAAAGAACCAUCAUUUUGAAGAACAGACAAACGGUAGUAAUCCAAGGAAGGAUCGGGUUGAGAAGUCAGAAGGAGAUCAUGAAUCACCGGGACACAUUUUCGACUCCAAUGGUUCAGCGAAAGUAUGCGAUGUGAAUCCAAUUGAAACAAGGUCUCCCUCAUCUAAAUCCUCUCCUUCAAUAUCAUCGGGCGCAAAAAUGUCUGGCAGGCAAUAUGUACUUCAUCGAGAUAUUUUUCAAAUGAGACUUCAGUUUCAUGCUAAUUUGGCUGCCCAGAGGAAAACCAGACAGCUAUUGAAUUCUGGGAAAGGACUGCCUUCACCACCUUCCAAACCUCUUCCUUAA